AUGAGGCGCUGGGCCUGGGUCCCCAGCCCCUGCCCCCAACUUGGGCUGCCCCUGCUCCUGCUGCUGCUGCUGCUGGUGCCUCGAGGGGCUCAGCCCCAGGCUGGCAGGAACCCAACGGAACCCCCAGAAUGUAACGCCACAGUGACCCCUGGGACUCCCGCGAUCCCCGUAACCUCGGUGACCCCCAGGACCCCAGCCACAGCCACAGCGCCCAAGGCAGAGGGACCCCAUGGUGGAGGGCUUACCCACCUGCCCAGGGCAGCCCCCUCCAGUAGCAGCCCUGGGGGCACAGUGCUCACCGAGGCCGGGCAGCCCUGCAGGUUCCCCUUCCGCUAUGGCGGCCGCAUGGUCCACUCCUGCACUACAGAGGGAAGUGCCCACAGGAAGUGGUGUGCCACGACUCACAACUAUGACCGGGACAGGGCCUGGGGCUACUGUGUGCAGGCUUCCACUCCCCGGGAGGGCUCAGCUGCCCUGGAUCCCUGUGCCUCUGGCCCCUGCCUCAACGGGGGCUCGUGCUCCAGCACCCAGGACCCUGAGUCGUACCACUGCACCUGCCCCGUGGCCUUCACUGGCAAGGACUGCGGCACAGAGAAAUGCUUUGACGAGAGCCGCUACGAGUACCUGGAGGUGGGCGAUCGCUGGGCCCGCGUGCACCGGGGCCGAGUGGAACAGUGCGAGUGUGCGGGGGGCCAGGUCCAAUGCCAGGGCACCCACCACACAGUUUGUCUGAGCAGCCCCUGCUUGAACGGGGGCACCUGUCAUCUGAUCGUGGCCACCGGGACCACCGUAUGCGCCUGCCCCCCAGACCACGCCGGGCGGCUCUGCAACAUUGUGCCGGCCCAGCCCUGCUUCGUGGGGAGUGGCACCGAGUACCGAGGCGUGGCCAGCACGGCGGCCUCGGGCCUCAGCUGCCUGGCCUGGAACUCCGACCUGCUCUACCAGGAGCUGCACGUGGACUCUGUGGGCGCCGCGGCCCUCCUCGGCCUGGGGCCCCACGCCUACUGCCGGAACCCGGACAAGGACGAGAGGCCCUGGUGCUACGUGGUGAAGGACAGCACGCUCUCCUGGGAGUACUGCCGCCUGGCAGCCUGCGAAUCCCUCGCCAGAAUUCAGCCCCCGCCCACCGAGGCCCUGCUGAGCCUGCCUGGGCCUGCGGUAGCCGGACCAGCCGGACGCCAGACCUGUGGCAAGAGGCACAAGAAGAGGAGCUUUCUACGGCCACGCAUCGUCGGUGGCUCGUCCUCGCUGCCCGGCUCCCACCCCUGGCUGGCCGCCAUCUACAUCGGGAACAGCUUCUGUGCCGGGAGCCUUGUCCACACCUGCUGGGUGGUGUCUGCCGCCCACUGUUUCUCCAACAGCCCCCCCAGGGAAAGUGUCUCUGUGGUCCUCGGCCAACAUUUCUUCAACCGCACGACGGCCGUGACGCAGACGUUCGGCAUAGAGAAAUACAUCCCGUACCCGCUGUACUCAGUGUUCAACCCCAGCGACCACGACCUCGUUCUGAUCCGGCUGGAGAAGAAUGGGGAGCGCUGUGCUGUCCGCUCCCAGUUCGUCCAGCCCAUCUGCCUGCCUGAGCCUGGCAGCACCUUCCCCGCUGGGCACAAGUGCCAGAUUGCGGGCUGGGGCCACCAGGAUGAGAAUGUGAGUGGCUACUCCGGCUUGCUGCGGGAGGCCCUGGUCCCCUUGGUUGCCGACCACAAGUGCAGCAGCCCGGAGGUGUACGGGGCAGACAUCAGCCCCAACAUGCUGUGCGCCGGCUACUUCGACUGCAGGUCUGACGCCUGCCAGGGGGACUCAGGCGGGCCCCUGGCCUGCGAGAAGAACGGCGUGGCCUACCUGUACGGCCUCAUCAGCUGGGGUGAUGGCUGCGGGCAGUUCAACAAGCCCGGCGUCUACACCCGCGUGGCCAGUUACGUGGACUGGAUCAGCGACCGGAUUCGGCCCCCCAAGCGGCCUGUGAAUCCCUCCUGA